AUAAUGAGCAACCAAGAGGCUGGUGUUCUACGUUGCUGGAGUUGUACGAAACAUAUAGCAAAUGCUGUUUUUCUUGCAAAAUGUAAUGGGAAAGAAACAUCCAAAAUAACACAGUCUUCAGCUGCUGCUCAGAAUUCUUGCAAUGUAUGGCAUGUGAGCUUAGAAGCCAUACCAGAGUGGGUGAAAUGUGUCAUUGAAAAGGCACAGUGGAAAAUUGGAAAACUGCACUGUCCAUUCUGUGAGGCUUGCUUAGGGAGCUUUAACUUUGUUUGCAACAAAGAAUGUUCCUGUGGACAAUUAGUAAAUAGACAUUUCUGCAAAACUUGGACUGAACAUCAGCCACCUUUCUCUGUUAAAUUGUCAAAAUCAUCAGAAAAACAUUUGCUUCUCAAAAUUCAGUCUGGUUUUAACAAGGAUACAUGCCAUGAAGUGGUAAAUGCAACUUUAGAAAUCAAAAAUCAUGGACUUUCCUGCCCAGCUGGAAGUAACAAUAGUGCUGGAAGAUUAACAGAAGCACUUUGUCUAGAAGUCAGAACUCCCAGAUAUGAGAUAGAAAGUAAAAAACUUCCCUUAAAGGCAUCUUGCUAUCCUAUAAAAGAUGCAUUCACUGUAAAUCCUUUUCACGGAAGAUCACGUAGCUUGGAUUUAAAUACCAGAGGAAGAUUUGUUUUGUCUCCUGUGUUAUAUGAAACUUGCAGCAUGGGAACACUUUACCGUGGCCGAAAUGAAAAUCCACCUGCUUACAUACAAGGGAACUUGCAAUUAGAGUCCAGUAGGAAAGACAGUAGUUCUUUUCAGGAUCUGUAUAGUUCCAGUGCUGACAUACUACAAAACCAAUUUCAAGUUACUUCCAUUACCAAAUUACUACACAAAGAAACAGAAAGUGAGUGUGAUUUUGAAGUUACUGGGCAAUCUUCUGGGAGCAUCAUUGCUGAUGGGUCACCAUUUGUGAUUAAUCUUUCCUCGCCUACAAGGGCUGUAGAAGACAAACAGUACAUCACACAUGGUAAUCUUGUGCGGCCUAUGAGUAUUUCCUUCAACCAAAAGCUGAGUAAGAGAGAAAGAAACAAAUCAAACUGCCUGAGGAGAAAACAGAGAAGGCGAGAGCAAUGUCUACAGAAGCAACCUGCAAAUGAUCACCUGCAUACAGAUGAUGAGCAUGAACUCAGAGGAGAUAAAGAAAGCUAUCUCUGUGCUGUGUGUCUGGAUGUUUAUUUUAAUCCUUACAUGUGCUAUCCAUGCCACCACAUCUUUUGUGAGCCUUGCUUAAGGAUGCUUGCCAAAGACAAUCCAACCAGCACUCCAUGUCCACUGUGUCGCACUACAAUCGCCAGAGUCUUUUUCCAAACAGAUCUGAAUAACUCUACCAGAUCUUUUUUCCCUGUGGAAUAUUUGAACCUAAAGGAAAAUUUUCAAAAAUCCAAUUCUGCUAAGUGGCCUCUACCGAGCUGCAAGAAAGCAUUCAGAGUUUUUGAAGGUUUUCGAAGGCACUCAAAUACUGUAACAAGGAGGCAUUUCCCACAUGCUGCUCACAGGAUGGACUAUAUGGACUUCGAGGAUGACAGCCGUGGAUGGCGGUUUGAUAUGGACAUGGUCAUCAUCUACAUUUAUUCAGUCAACUGGAUAAUAGGAUUUAUUGUUUUCUGUUUCCUUUGUUAUUUCUUUUUCCCUCUUUAG